AUGACUCAAAAAGCCAUCAAGGGGAGUGUUUUGUCUGACUACCUUGCCCAUCAACCUGUGGACGGUUAUCAGCCUAUCAAGUUUGACUUUCCCGACGAGGACAUCAUGUUCAUUAGAGACUUCAAUAUUCCUGGACCUGGCGAAGGACCUGAACCAGGAGCCCGAUGGACGCUCAUGUUAGACGGUGCCUAUAAUACUAAAGGUUAUGGAAUAGAGGCAGUAAUUACAUCUCCAACUGGUUUUCAUUAUCCAUUCACCGCCAAACUUUGCUUUGAUUGUACAAACAACAUGGCCGAAUAUGAAGCAUGUAUCUCUGAUAUUGAAGUCUUCAUCGACUUGAGAAUCAAGAUUCUUAAAGUUUUUGGAGACUCUGCUUUAGUAAUCAGUCAAGUCCGAGGAGUUUGGGAAACUCGGGAUAAGAAGUUAAUUCUGGAAGAGAAUCAGUUAGCUGAUGCUCUAGCUACUCUUUCAUCCAUGUUUAAAGUCAAGUGGAAGAAUGAAGCACCUGUCAUCCGCAUUGACCACUUGGAUGAACCAGCGCACUGUCUAGCAAUGGAGGCUGAAUGUGACGAUAAUCCUUGGUUCUAUGACAUUAAGAGAUAUCUGGAAAGACGGGAAUAUCCCGAGAAAGAAUCCAUCAUAGAUAAGAAAGCUUUGAGAAGGUUCUUUUCUAAGUUUUUCUUGAAUGGGGAUGUUUUGUACAAGAGGAAUUAUGAUUUCGUGUUGCUUAGAUGUGUGGAUAGACACGAAGAAAGCAUGACCAUAAGGUCCAUACAUGAGGGUUGUGAAGGUGUACAUGCUAAGGGGCCUGUUAUGGCUAAGGAUAUUCUCCGGGCCGGAUAUUGUUGUACUAUAAUGGAAGUGGAUUGUUACAACUUAGUUAAGAGGUGUCCCAAGUUCCAGAUUUUUGGUGACAAAAUUCAUGUUCCUCCAACUCCUUUGCAAUGUCUUGACUUAUCCUUGGCCUUUCUCCAUGUGGGUAUUCCUAGCAAGAUUAUUACUAACAAUUCCAGUAACCUGAAUAACAAGGUGAUGAGUGAGUUGUGUCAUGAAUUCAAGAUCGGGCAUCACAACUCUUCGUCGUACCGGCCCAAGAUGAAUGACGUUAUUGAAGAAGCUAACAAGAAUAUCAAGAGAAUUAUCCAAAAGAUGGUUAAAACCUACAUGGAUUGGCAUGAGAUGCUUCCAUUUUCUCUACAAGGUUAUGGAUAUUCAUUGCGUACUUCUACUUGGGCAACUCCUUAUUUUCUAGUAUAUGGAAUGGAGGUUGUCCUACCUAUUAAAGUUGAAAUACCUUCUCUAAGGGUCAUCAUGGAAGCAGACCUCGAUGAGGCUGAGUGGGAGUAG